AACUGCCUUAUGAAUAUUGAUGCGGAGGCGAGGCUGCUUUCGUAGAGGAGCAGAAGGAAGCAAGAUGGCUGCCCUGUAGGAUUUGUUAGAAAGGAGACCCGGCUGCGACGGCGGCGGACUGCCAGGCUGAGGGACCAGAACCAGGCUGGUAAACCAUUCAGCAGCUUACCCUCACAAGACUCUCCAUGUCCCUUGGUCCUGUUCCACUACGGUGCUUGGAAGCAGGAGAUGGGCUCACACAAGGUCAACAGGACAUGAUCAAGGUGGAGCAGUGAGGGACAGUGCCGCCGGAUUUAUUCACAGGGCAGCCUCAUGGAUGGCCCCGAAGCAAGCCUGAUGGAACAGGACAGAACCACCCAUGCUGAGGGCAACAGACUGAGUCCAUUCCUGACACCAUCACCUUCUCCCAUCUGCCAGACAGAACCUCUGGCUGUAAAACUCCAGAAUGGAAGCCCGUUAGUUGAGAGACCUCAUCAAGAAUUGAACAGGGACACUGAGGGGCAGUCUUUCCAAAGUUAUUAUGGAAUACCCCACAUGAAAGGUAGCAAGAGCAGUCAUGAGAGUCCAGAUAUCAUACCUGAAGGGUAUUCCAGGUGCUUGCAGAAUGGAGGAAUAAAACGCACUGCCAGUGAACCGUCUCUCUCUGAGCUCCAUCUGAACAAGAAAUUGAGACUAGACCAAAAUGCUAAGGGAGAAAGUAAUAGCUUCGGGGAAAGCCAAGAAAGAAACCCAGGUGAAAGCAGCAGUCAGCCAAAUGUCUCUGAGAGUGACAGAGAACCUGUGACCUCUACAGCCCAGGAAAGAGCAGUUGCAGAUGUCAAUGGUUUCCCAGCACAGAACUGCAACGGAGUAGAAAACACAGAGUUUAGGGUUCCCAGGGAGCAAGAAGGGGAAAAUGGCAGGAACAUUACAUUACUUAAAAACAAUGCUGUGCUAAUGUCUAAUGGUGCUACAGUUUCUGCCCUUAAUGUGGAAAACACACGUGGUGAAAUCCUGGAAAAAACACCAUCUCAGUGUUAUCCAGAUUGUGUUUCCAGUGCAGCGCAGAACACCACACCUCACGUGGAUGCCCUUAACAAUUGGGCUAUUAAUGAGUUGUCUUGUGAGAUCACUCAACCAUCGCAUACCUCAGAGCAGAUCAAUUCCUCACAGACCUCAAGUUCCCAGCUGCCUCCAGAGCCAGCUGCAAUGGUGGCUGAGGCCUGUGAUGCUGAUAUUGUCAGUAAAGCAACUGGAGGGCUAGGUACCUGCCCCUUCCAGAAACCACCAGAACACCAACAAAAAUCAGUUUUGGAGAUAUGCCCAUCUCCUGCAGAAAACAAAAACAUCCAAGGAAACACGAAGCUAUUUGCUAAAGAAUUCUGUUCUAGUUCCAGCAGUGACUCGGAAGCUUCUCAUGGCAGCUCUGAACAGUAUUCAACGCGAAAGGAAAUCAAUGGUGCUUACUUCAGGCAAAGCUCAGUGUUGACUAAAGAGUCCAUUUCCGCCACCGCCAUGACCCCAGCAUCACAGUUGCUUCUUGCUCUCCCUCCUGCCCUUCAGCUUCCUUCAGAAGGAAAAGGCACUCAGAAUGAUGGGGUUUUGGAAGAACACCAUCACUACCCCAACCAAAGUAACCCAGCUCUUUUAAGGGAAGGGAAAACAGAACAUCAACCGAAGGCAUCAUCUUGCCAGAGUUCAAAUCCAUCUGCACAUACAUCCAAUUCCCCCCACAUGCUUCCCGAAGGGCAUCGAAAUGAUUAUGUCCCAGUGUGCACAGAAAAAUCAAAAACGUCAGAAUAUCUCAAGUAUUGCCCACCAAAUCAUGGCCGCAGGAGAGACUUACAAGAACACAACCAGCAUCUGAUGAAGCACAGGGAGCAAGAGAUUCUGAAGAGUGAAAACGGGGAACAAACGCAAGAGGCUAUGCUGGCAGCGCAGCGCUAUCUCCAAGCUGGAUGGAUUGAACUGAAGGCCCCUAAUUUUCAAGAAGCACACCACCAGACCAAAAGAUGCAAGGACGCAUUGCCGCACCCAGCCCUUCGCUAUCAGGCCAGCCCUUCCAACCCGAUGACCUCCCAACAGUGCACUGGAAAUUUAAACAUGCCGAAAGGAUUCCAAAGGUUACCUUACAUCCAUCAAACAGCUCAGCCGGGGCAGAAGCCACAAAUGUACCAAGUGGAGAUGAAUCAAGGACCCUCUUCAGGUAUGGGGGACCAACAUCGACAGUUCCAAAAAACCUUGUACCAGGAGUGCAUCUCCAAGACAGACCCCUUACCUGAAACUCACAUCCAGGCACCCAGUGCUUCUCGGUUUCAUUUCCAGCAAAGAGUGGAUCCCUCCACUGAUAAACACGUUUGUCAACAGGCCACGGAAACUGAACCGUUUCCAAGCUUUUUACAACACAUGCCUCAUAAGCAAGCAGCACAAACACAAGCAUCCCAGAAUUCAAAUUUUCCUCAAAACUGCCAGCAGCAGCAGCAAUUACAGAAGAAGAAUAAAGAGCAAAGGCCCCAUACUUUUUCUCAUCUCCAAAGCAGCAAUGAUAAGCAAAGAGAAGGACCAUGCUUUGGUCUGAUUAAAGUGGAAGAAAGCUUUAGUGGUGGAAAUCAGUAUUCAAAAUCAAGUAAUUUCCAAACUCAGAAGACCCAAGGGGGAAUGGAGCAAGUACAGAAUGUAAGUAGUAGAAAUUCUCCUUAUUUGAAGACCUUACCCUCAAAUGCAGGCAGACCACAGAUUCCCUGUUCAAAUGACACAUACCCGGCUCACAAGAAUCAAGAACAAACUCUGCAUCCUGAGCUCUUUGCAGGAAAUAAUAGCCCAAACAUGCAAUAUGUUCCAAAUAAUGUGACCCCAAGUGAGGACAUUCAUCACAGGUGCUUUUCAAGAGCAGAACAAGAGCAGAAGCCUCCACAAGCUCUAGCUCUGCAGGGAUUUAAAGGCAGAAGCCAGGAUGCGUCCUCUGGACUGCAGGCCGCACCUCUAGGCGAAGCUGCUCAGCAGAGGUACCCGGUGCAUAACCAAGCAAAGGCACUCCCUGUGCCUGAGCAAGGAGGGACUCCCAUGCAGACCCCUCCUCAGAAGGAUACUCAGAAGCAUGCCGCCCUAAGGUGGCUCCUCUUACAGAAGCAAGAACAGCAAGCACAACAAUCCCAGGCUGAAUCUGGUCAGAAUCAGAUUCAUAGGCCCAUCAAGACUGAGCCUGGAUCCAAACCCUCCUCCUCCUCCUGUAAACGCCCAGUGUUUCUUGCAUCACAAGAAAAAAUGUCCAAAAGGAUAAAGCAAGAGAUGACCCCACUAAGCUGUGAUGGGCAGCCAAAGAGCAUCAUCGAGACCAUGGAGCAGCACCUAAAGCAGUUCCAGCCCAAGUCACUCUUUGACCAUAAGUCCCUGAACCUCCUCAAGUCACAGAAACAAGUGAAAGUGGAGACACUGGGCCCAGGCACAACCUUGUCUACCGACAACCACCCUGCAGGAUCAGAGAACCCCACCCCCACAGCAGAGCCACAAGCGGCUCUUUCAGAAAAAACGCCAACCAAAAGAACAACUGGAUCUGUUCUUGGUUUUUUAGAAUCACCUUCCAAAUUGCUAGAUGCUCCUAUAAGAAAUUUAUUGGAUGCUCCUGCCAAGACUCAGUAUGAUUUCCCGUCAUGCAGAUGUGUAGAACAAAUUAUUGAAAAAGAUGAAGGUCCUUUUUAUACCCAACUAGGAGCUGGUCCUAAUGUGGCAGCUAUUAGAACAAUCAUGGAAGAAAGGUUUGGACAGAAGGGUAAAGCUAUUAGGAUUGAAAGAGUCAUCUAUACUGGUAAAGAAGGCAAAAGUUCUCAGGGAUGUCCUAUUGCUAAAUGGGUGAUUCGAAGAGAGAGUGUUGAGGAGAAACUACUGUGUUUGGUACGAGAGCGAGCUGGCCACAGCUGUGAGACCGCAGUGAUUGUGAUUCUCAUCAUGUUGUGGGAAGGGAUCCCACAGGCUCUGGCUUCCCAACUCUAUUCAGACCUUAAAGACACUCUGAGCAAACAUGGCGCACACACCAACCGUCGCUGUGCCCACAAUGAAGAGUGUCUACGAGAGAAAAGCAGCCUGGCUAGGCCAAAGAAGAGGACAUUGCAGCCAGGCCUGAAGAAACUUGCUAAGCUAGGGAGAACCUGUGCUUGUCAGGGCUUGAAUCCACACACCUCUGGUGCCUCGUUUUCAUUUGGUUGUUCUUGGAGCAUGUAUUAUAAUGGAUGUAAGUUUGCCAGAAGCAAGAACCCAAGGAAAUUUAAGCUACUUGGAGAUGACCCAAAAGAGGAAGAGAAACUAGAAUCUCAUUUGCAAAACCUGGCUACUCUUAUUGCUCCAAUAUACAAGAACCUUGCACCGGAUGCAUACAAUAAUCAGGUUGAAUAUGAACACCGCGCUCUAGAGUGCCGUUUGGGUCUGAAGGAAGGCCGACCAUUCUCAGGGGUCACUGCAUGUAUGGACUUCUGUGCCCAUGCCCACAGAGACCAGCACAACAUGCAGAAUGGCAGCACAGUGGUAUGCACCCUCACUCGAGAAGACAAUCGGGAGAUUGGAGGACAGCCUCAGGACGAGCAGCUUCACGUGUUGCCUCUGUACAAAAUCUCUCCUGUGGAUGAGUUUGGCAGUACAGAAGGUCAGGAGGAGAAGAUACGGAAGGGCUCCAUUCAAGUUCUUAACUCUUUCCGGAGGAGAGUUAGGAUGUUGCCUGAGCCAGCUAAGAGUUGCCGACAAAGGAAACUGGAGGCCAAAAAAGCUGCAGCUGAAAAGCUUUCUUCCCUGGAGAAUAAGAACGACAAGGAAAAGUCUUCCUCACGCACCAAACAGAUGGAAAACACAAGCCAUGUAAAACAGACAGAGCAAUUGAGGCUCUCAGGAUCUGUCAUACAGCAGCCGCAGCCACUGCAGAGGCACCUCCAGCAGGUGCAGAGGCCACAGCAGACCCAGCCACAGCAUAUCUUGCCCGGCACUGCUCAGUGUCAGUCCAUUGGCUCUUACUCUUCGGGAUCCACCAAUCCAUACACAAGGCCCAGCCCACUUAGUCCUUACCCAAGCUCUUCACACACUUCAGGUGUUUACGGAGAUACCAACCACGUGAACUUUUAUCCCACUUCAUCUCAAGCUACAGGUUCAUAUUUGAGUCCUUCUAAUGCCAUGAACGCCUACCCUGGGCUUUUCAAUCAGAAUAACCAGUAUGCAGCUUAUCAGUGCAAUGGGAAUGUGUCGGUGGACAGCUGCUCCCCUUUCUUAGGUUCUUACUCUGUGCAGUCCCAGCCCAGGGAUCUGUAUAGAUGUCCAAACCAGGAGCAUCUCAGUAACCUGAACCUACCACCCAUCCACACACUUUACCAACAGAGGUUUGGAGACAGCACCUCUAAGUAUAUAAGUUAUGGUAGCCAAAAUGUGCAGAGAGAUGCCUUCAGCAACUGUACCGUGAACCCAAAUGUACCCCACCCAGCAGCGUUUUCUCCUUAUCCUACCACCCCUGAGGUGGAUGGCCAUUUUAUGGGAGCCGCCUCCAGAUUACCAUACGGUCUGGGCAACCCCAACCUAGACUCUGAGAGCAGCGAGCACCAGCCACCCUUUCACAGGACACACAGCUAUGCCGCAGCAGCUCCAGGCACAGCGAGCAGCUCCAACCACAACACCUUCCACAACAAGGAGAACGACAGCACGGCCUCCCAUGCAGAUAAUGAGCUAUCAAGGGUGCUUCCUGGGCCUAAUCACGACAGAAGCGAUUCUGGCCAGGGUCCUUUACACAACCCGACUGGGGUGGUGGGACAGGGCGUGGCUUCUGCUGUGAAGGAAGAAGAGGAGGUCUGGUCAGACAGUGAGCACAGCUUUCUGGAUUGUAACAUCGGUGGGGUGGCUGUGGUUCCUACUCACGGCUCAAUCCUCAUUGAGUGUGCAAAGCGCGAGCUUCAUGCCACAACCCGAGUAAAUAUUCCCGACCGGGCUCAUCCGAUCAGGAUCUCACUUGUAUUUUACCAGCAUAAGAACUUGAAUGAGCCAAAACAUGGCUUGGCUCUCUGGGAAGCCAAAAUGGCUGGGAGGGCCCGGGAGAAAGAGGAAGAGUGUGGACCAGAUCAUGAGUCUCAGAAAAGCCACAGCAAAAGAGUAAAACGCGAGCCCACAGAGCAACAGGAACCUCCUGAGCCCAGUUACCUGCGUUUCAUCCAUUCUCUUGCUGAGAACACAGGGUCUGUGACCACAGACUCCACGGUGACUACAUCUCCAUAUGCCUUCACUCAGGUCACAGGGCCUUACAACAGAUACGUAUGAUGCUGUUUGCUAUGCCAGACCAUCAAGAACAACCUGUCUUGUCUGAGUGUAGCUUUCAUGGCAUGGGCAGCCGAGACAGGUUUCAGCAGCCACAACAAAUGAAAUGUGUGUGUGCUUGGGGCGGGAGGGGAUGUCAGCUCACCAGCAAAAUAAUUAAUCUUACCAUUGUACUUAAUCUCUACUGACUUCCCACAUGGUCACUGGUAGCAUUCAGGAGAAAGGCCAAAGCAUCCUAUGCAAAGGGAAGGCAGGAGGAAAGUGCUGUUUUCAAAACCACUGUUGGCUGAGGUCAUGUGUGGGAGAUGUCCCUCACCACCCCGCACGUGACCACGCCUAACAACGCCAGGUCUGUGUGGUCAUGGCGCAGUGCUGCAGAGGCGCAGUUGCGGGAAUCCGGUGCUGACGUGUGCUGUACUGAAAUACUGGAAUUGUGGCUUUUUAACAUGCAGUUUUUACUGUAAUCUUAACUUAUUUAUCAAAGUAGCUACAGAAAGCUUAAGUGAAUAAUGGCAAAACACUGAAUUGUUUUGGGUGUUACAUUAAAUGGUGCUACAAAAAUGGUGUCUUUAAUAGCUGGAAAAUCAAUGCCUUUUUCAUGCUACCAGAAUAGUGCCCUUGAGUAACGGGGCACCUUUCAUUCACAUGUUCUUAUUCAGCUUAGUUUUUAAAUGUGGACAAUGUUAAAGGCCUCUGGAUUGUGCUCAUCUGGUGAUGUCCUUGUAGGACUAUAAACACACUGUACAUAUACACGCCUUCAUACAUGCAAAUACAUGUAUGCUGAAAUUUUAAGUGGUGUUAGAAGCACUUUGCCUACCUAAGUAAGCUUUGGCAACUUGAACAAUGCUGAGGUACUGAGACUUAAAAAAAAAAGUUUACUUUCAUUUAGAAUUUUAUUUUUAAGGAAAGCUUUUAAAACAUUUGAGCAAUGUCAUUGUUGACGGCCUGUGUUAGUCCACAAAUCAUGUUUUCUGGUGCUCAUCUUACAUGAUAUACUAUAAAAGACGGUAUGACAAGCUCAUUGCCCCUUUGUCUACAGCUUAAACUGCAGAUAAUAACUAGCUGCAUGCUACAGAUUCAGCAAAGCUUGUCUGAGUACACCCUUGCUGUCCCGUAGUCCUUCAGGACAGCAGGCUACCUUUGUGUUAAUCACGUGCUUUGUGAUGCCAUUUCUAAGCUUAAGUGUUCUUACAGGAAGAUGGUGGACUGAUGCCCGUAUAAGAUGAGUAGGCAGGGUGAAGUCCGUGUGAAUCUGUUGGUUACAAGACAAAACAAAACAAAAAAAAACCUAAGCAAAAUAGGCAGCUGGUUUGCUGUGGUGAUUUAAAAAAUCAUUAAUUUGUAUAAAAAGGUGAAAGAGUUGUAUAGUAAAUUAAAUUGUAAAACAAACUUUUUUAAUGCAAUGCUUUAGUAUUUUAGUACUGUAAAAAUUAAAUAUAUACAUGUGUAUAUAUAAUAUAUAUAUGAAAUUGAAGUAAAAUUCACAUCACGAUGGUGCUACCCAGACUGCUACACAUGAAUCUUAAUGUGAGCUAAGAAUUCAUUAAGUUUGAGCGAUGUUCCUACUUGUCAUAUACCUCAACACUAGUUUGGCAAUGGGAUAUUAAACUAGGGUGAAAGCUUAUAGCAUUGUAUACCACCAUUUUUAAAAUUUUUUUUAUUAAAGCAUACUUUUUUUAAUACUUGAUUUCUUAGCAAGUAUAACUUGAAUUUCAAACUUUUGUUCUAAAAAUUCAGGGAUAUUUCAGCUCGUUCUCCUUAUGCCAACACGUCAGCUGUGUUUAUGUAAGUUGUCAGUUAAUAUAUUCUUUUUCGGGGAUUGGACUCUUUAUUUUGAAUCCCUCCUAUUUUGCUUGUACAUGUGCUGAUAACUAAAACUAAUUUUAUAAAUUUGUUGACUUAAAAAUUAAAGUUUGGAGAGUUUUUCAACAAAGUAAAGUUUUCAAUAGAAUGCACUGAGCUGAUAAAGGGAAAAUUGUAAAUAAGAGAUCAUCACAUGGCUGUUGGCCAAGUCCUCAAAGGUUUUUUGAUCCAGUAAUGACUACAGGUUCAUACCCCGUAAGUGUCUCUCAGCAAUCCUAGAAUCUGGCCGUGAGCUGUGCAGUCGGACUGUUACAUUGUGGACUAAAUACAGUGUUGCUUACUAGCUUCUCAAAUAGCUUUGAUCAGUGGAGACCUGUAUUGGUCACAUUGUCACCAAAGCUUUCGGAAUCUCUACUUUGCACACUGAACCACAGGUUUAAUGGUCUUUCACACCAUGAUGUUGAGUCUACAACAUCAGCUUCCAGCAGGUGUGCGUGACAAGUUUGAGCCGGCCAUCUCUAAGGAAUGUUUGCUUUACAUGUCACCCACUGUAAUUUGUCAAACUGCUGGCCAACAGGAGCAGGGAGUGUGGUUUGAGGAUGGGUCAUGUAGGAAGAAAGGCAAUUAAAUGACAUCCAACCUCUGUCAAUUAGAUCAAAUGAACAGCAAAUCUGAUUUGCUUCUAUAGGAACAGGUUGACUACAUAGCCAUACUUGAAAGUGCUUCUGCGUGGUGUCAACAUUACUUGAAUGAAUUUUUCAUCUUGACGCACAGUGAUGUAUAGUUCACUUUACAAGGUAGUGGUUAACUUGUUAGGGAAAGUUUUCGCAGUUUGACACUAAGAUAAUGAACUGUGUGCAUUUUUCUAUGCUUUAUUUUUUUAACUUAGUUUCAUUCAUGAGAUGUUGGGUUUGUUUAUAAAAUCUGAGGGUGGUUAUAAAUACUGUAAGUAUUGUAAUGUUAUGAAUGCAGUUUAUUUGAAAGCUGUUUAUUAUAUCAUUCCCGAUAAUGCUAUGUGAGUUUUAAUAAAAUUUAUAUUUAUUUAAUGCA